GGCCUAAGCUGGGCAGUAGCGGUGAAGGAGAGCCGGCCGCUUUUGUCUUCUCUUCGUGGAUGUGGCCAUGAGCGUCUCCUGCCCUCCUGCCUCCUAGUCACUGACGACUUGUCCUCUUUUUGCAGGUUGACGAUGCUCUGUCUGGCCAUCUGAGGAGGGGGCAUGGAGACGGACACUAGCACCUGCUGACAGGGACAUGGGACUCCACUUGCCAUCGGUCACUUGCGUGGAUUUUACCGGCCCGGAGCCCCUGAGGCAGAGUGAAAGACAUCCAGGACUCCGGCAGAGAGCCCCCACUGAAGGCCCUCCCACCUUGUUAUUGUAAUUUCCUCUGGAGAGAGAGAAUGUCAGAGCAAGGGGAAUCCACUGCACAGACAGCUGAGGCCCCUGGGGCAGAUCUGGAAGCCAGGACCCCUGAGAAUGGCAUCAUUCAGUCAGACAGCCUGGAUGAGGAAGAGAAACUGGAACUCCAGCGGCGGCUGGCAGCCCAGAACCAGGAAAGGAGGAAGUCCAAGUCAGGAGCAGGGAAAGGCAAGCUGACCCGGAGCUUGGCUGUCUGUGAGGAGUCGUCUUCUCGACCAGGACCAGAGGGCCUCCAAGAUCAGGAAUCAGUUCAUUUACAGCUUUCCAGAUUGCCCAGCCUGCAAGAAGAUGAGAGGUCUAGCAAAGGGGACUCUGAGAGAGAGAGAGAGAAGGAGACACCCAAGGAGCGGGAGAAAGCCUGUGAAAAGCCUAAGGCUCGAAUGUUGUCCAAAGAUUGCAGCCAAGAGUACACAGAUUCCACAGGCAUUGACUUACAUGAGUUCCUGAUAACUACCCUGAAGAAUAACCCCAGAGACAGGAUGAUGCUCUUGAAAAUGGAACAAGAAAUCAUGGACUUCAUCAGUGAUGAAAAGAAUCAUUACAAAAAAUUUCCUCAGAUGUCAUCCUAUCAGAGGAUGCUGGUGCAUCGUGUGGCUGCUUACUUUGGAAUGGAUCACAAUGUGGACCAAACUGGAAAAUCUGUCAUCAUCAACAAGACUGGGAGCACCAGAAUACCAGAGCAAAGGUUCUGUGAACAUUUAAAAGAUGACAAAGGUGAAGAAGCCCAGAAGAGGUUUAUCUUGAAGCGAGAUAACUCUAGUAUUGAUAAAGACGACAAUCAGCAAAACAGAAUUCAUCCAUUUAGAGAUGACAGACGAAGUAAAUCAAUUGAAGAGAGAGAAGAGGAGUAUCAGAGAGUGAGGGAGAGAAUAUUUGCACAAGAUUCAGUUUGCUCCCAGGAAAGCCUUUUUGUGGAAACCAGUAGGCUCUUGGAGGACAGUAGCCUAUGCAAGGAAAUCCGUAAGAAAAGGCAGCAGUUUAGGGGGAACCGAGAUGGGUCAGGGAAGACGUCAGGGAGUCGCCAAAGCAGCACCGAAAACGAGUUGAGAUGGCCUGACUCCCAAAGGCCAUGGAGCAGCACAGACUCAGACAGCUCCAGCCGUAACCUCAAGCCAGCCAUCACCAAGACCUCCAGCUUUGGGGGCAUCACGGUGCUGACCAGGGGCGACAGCUCAUCCAGUGCCAGGAGCACUGGCAAACUGUCCAAAGCAGGCUCUGAGUCUUCCAGCAGUGCGGGCUCCUCUGGAUCCUUGUCACGAGCACAUCAGCCUCUCCAAAGCAGCCCCCUCAUCCCUGGAGGGCCUGCCCCAUCUUCAGGCAGUGGGGCCUAUGCUGAGAACGGACUGAGCAGCCAGGCAGCCCCUGGCAACACUAGCUACAUUCUGCUCCCACUUGAAGCUGCAGGCAUCCCUCCAGGCAGCAUCCUUCUCAACCCCCACACAGGUUACCAGCCUGUCUUGUCAAGUCAGCAGCAAGGCUUCCAAGGCCUCAUGGGCAUGUCGCAACCACCUCAGAGUCAGAGCCUGAUCAGCAGCCCUCAAGGGAGUCAGGUGCAAGGCAUGAUGGUCCCUUAUCCAACCAUGCCUUCUUAUCAGGUGUCCAUGACUCAGGGUCCUCAAGGAGUGCCCCAGCAAUCCUACCAGCAAACACUCAUGCUCCCCAGUCAGUCAGGCCCUGGAACAGGAACGCUCCCCACAGCCAGUGGCAUGCCUGUCUAUUGCAAUGUCAUACCUCCAGCUGCCCAGGGCAACCUGAGGCUCAUGACCCCCCACUGCCCCUCCCAGAGUGUCCCAGUGAUCUCUGCAAGCUGCAGGACAAACUGUUCCAGCGCCCACAAUGCGGGGUGGCCAGUGAAGUAUUAGGCAUGUGAGCCGAGCCCACAUGAAGAUGGGGCCUUGGCUGAAAACCAACCACUUCCUCCUGGUCUUGGCAGGGAGAGGAGCUGGGUGGGAUGAGCUUGGAGAUCCCUCUGUCCAUGAUGCUCCAAUGGUCAUUGCUAAUAUUCAAUUGCAAAUAGGAACAAUCAGAAAAUGUUGGCUGGGUAAUGGUGCAUACUUUUGUCAUGUCUGCUAGGUAAUGCCUUACGGUUUAACUAGGGACAUGGUUUCAUCAAGGUAAGAUUAUUUCCUACCACUGAACACCACUGUGUAGAUUGUAAUAUUCCUAAUUUGGAUUAGUUUUGUAUUUUGUGUUGAGUUUGUGAAGCUAAAAGUAUUUAAGAAAAUUAUAUAAUAAAAUCACAUUGUACCAAAGCU